GUGACGAAAAUCGACCCUAAUUGUUAUUGAGUUGUGUGGAAAUUUGAUUAAAAACAUCUGGGAAUAGAUAGCAAUACAAUCUCCCACAGAGGAAUUGACCGAGAACCCAUAUCCACCUAUUACCGCAUAGUCUAUGUCAAUAUCAUUUUUUAUGGAUACACGUGGUGUUUUUUACGACCAAGCAUAGCCAUGGAAACUGUUGACUUAAAUCCAGGGGUGUUAGGCUAUUUAUUUAUAUCGCAAUAAGCGUCGGCUAAUUUCGAUGGUGUCCUCCACAAACACGGACGGGUAUUUUGGCGAUUAUAGAGUACAGUGUUUUCAGUUUUUCUUUUUUUUUUCUUUUAGAGAAAAUGUAUACAUCCAGUGCCUGUGUGAUUGUGACUAUUGAGCGAAUUUAAGUGACGCUUCUUUAAUGUAUGAUGCAGGAUGUGCAUUAGUUUUGGCUAUUGUGAAUUUUCGUGUUCUGACAUAUCGAAGCUUUCCAUAGAGUGAACUAAUAUUUAGUUAAUUUUAUAUUGUUUUAUCAUUUUCACAGUCAUGGGCUUGGUUAGGCUCAGUCGUGCAAAGGUUAUCAGGUUAACGCACCGGCUGCUCUGUUAAAUGUAUAUUGUAUUGUAGUAAUAUUCGUCUCACGUAAUGUCUGCGUGAAUUGCGCGUGAAGGUGGCACCAGAAUGCCAAUGGCACGUGCGACAAGCUACAACCGCAGCCAAUUUUAUUACAGUCGUGAUGUGAUAGUAAGACGGGAGGCGUGGCUGCGUGCGUGCGUGCGUGUGUAUGUCUGUGGCGGGAUUUGUACUGUGCCUGGGCUCGCGUGAACCCCGACACGACUGCUGAACCGACACACCUUGCCAUCGGUCAUGUGCUUUUCCGGUAACAGGGACGGGGAACACCUCAAAACCCCCACCUGUGCUCCUAAUUGGUUCUCUAUACCAUGAGCUCUGGCUCCACCCAGGAUGUGGCGGUGGAGAAUUUCCUGCGUGACAUAGAGAGGCGGGGCCAGUGGCUGCACUGUGCUGUUAUUGGCUGUGAGGAGGAGCACCCCAGAGGCGACAUGAACCUGUUGUAUCGCAAAAGUCGACUGGACUGGAGACACAGAGAUCAGGAAAGCAAGAAAAGCUCUAAUUAUAAAGAUGCCUCCUCUGCAACGGUUGGGAAGGUUCGGGAUCUGGCGUCAUUUCGGCGGCAUUUCCGAAUGGGAUUUAUGACGAUGCCGGCGUCUCAGGACUUGUCGCCCCACUCUUGUGCGGCCGCCAUGGCACCACGCUCUCAAUCAUGCCACGCUGUGGGGACCGGGGAAGAGGAGGAGCUGGAGAAUGGCUAUUAUCCAGACUCAGAUCCCCAAAACCAAUCGAAUCCAUCCCGCUGCCCCCCAGCAAAGCCUAAACGCCACCCCAACACCCGGCUGAGCUCCAACAAGGAGCAGGAACAUCCUCUUCGUGGGGUCCAUGCACCACCUGAUACUCCGCCACCUCCACCUCCUAAUCACCCACACAAACACUCAGAAAAGCGGAAUGCAAUGAAGAAAUCUGAUUCAGGUGAAAUGUCAGGACGGAAAGUUCCUCCCUUAAAGCCCAAACGGAGCCCAAGCACACAGCUCUCCUUUGACCCCCCACCCCUUCGUGUCCAGCCAUCCACCACACCCCUUCCUUUCCAAAGCUCUGAACCCUCUCUCCGGGGUGAUGGGGGAGAUGAUGAGCCAGUUUACAUUGAGAUGGUGGGCCAGGUUUUUACCCGAGAAACUCACAAUGCCCCCACUCCUCAUCCCCUCACACCGUCUGCCACCACACCUGAUUCUGAUUCGGACCAGGGAGAGGCUAUUUAUGAAGAAAUGAAGUAUCCCCUCGCAGAUGACGCAGCUCGAGAAGCCCAUCGGCGCUUGCCACUCAAACAUGAUCGAAUCAAAUCUAAAGUGUACCAUUCCUCUGUCAUCUCAUCCUCCUCUUCCCCUACCUCCUCCUCUCUCCCACGCCCCUCAUCAUCCUCUCCGGCCUGCUCCUCCUCCUCCAAGUCUAAAGCAACAGUCUCUAUCUCCCACUCUUCACCCCUUCCCUCAUCCUGCUCUUCUGCCUCCUCCACACCUGUACCACAACCACUCUCUUCCUCACCACACCCUCCUCGUGCCCCCACCCCCUUCCUGUUGCCGGGGGCCAAGCCUGAACAUGAGUCCAGCUCCAGUAAGAUUCCGGCACCCUUCCCUAACUUGCUUCAGCACAAGCCCCCGCUUCUGGCUUUUCCCCAGCCAGCUGCUGCUUCAAGUGGAGUGGGGGCUCAGCACAAGACCAGCUCGGCCAAAAUCAGUGUGCAGUCAGCCUCCAGCCUGCCAGUGUCUACCAGCACCUCCUCCAGCACGAGCUCAACCAGCAAUUCCAAAGAGUCCUCUGGAGUCGAGAAAGAUCGAGAAAAGGAGAGGAGGGAUGGACAACUGGGACCAGCACCAGGACUUAGAGCCCGCAGUCAUUCCACUCCUCUACCUCCAUCAUCGAAAUCCUCCUCUCCCUAUUCCCACCACCACCACCAUCAUCAUCAUCCACACCAUAGGCCGUCCCACUAUCACCAUUACCGCAAACCUGAGAAAGAGACCUCUGGAAAAGGGUCAGGACAGGGUUCUUCUCAGUCCUCCAACCAGACACAAACACAGCCUAAGGAGGGCAAGUCCGUCAGCUUCCUGCUCAAGUCUGAGAAACCGGAGAGAGAUCGAGAUAGAGAGAGAGAUCGGGAUCGAGAGAAAGAUUCAAGCACACCAUCAUCCAGCCAGACUGAUGCCCUCACUUCAGGCACGUAUACGCCCACUUCUCAGACCGGUACAAGCACCACACCAAGUCUACCACCAUCGUCAGCUGCACCUUCCUCCUCUUCUUCCACUCAGCGUCCACCGUCUCGUUCUCAUAUGCACCGUUCCCAGACCCCUCAUUUGUCCCAUAACCUGCCUGCUUACAAACCUCCCCCUUCUGACAGUCCCCUGCUGUGGACCUACCCCUCUGUGGGUUUCCGUCGGCCACCCGCCUACGACAGCCUGCGUGGAGGCUCCCAGUUGCCAUCCUUGCACACAGACCCAAAUAAAGCUGGGUCUGCAACCCAGGCAUUGCAGGCCAAGACUGGGUUCGUUCCUUGGGACAGUGCAGCUGGUCUGGGACUCAACGAUGAACAGGCUUACUGGCCCAUGCAUAGAAAAUUGUCAUUCAGUCAUGGGAGCCGAGACUCAGAGAAGGAAGAUGACAGUGUGUGGAAUGGGAGUGCAGAUGCUCUGUUGAGGAGAGAGAGAGAUAAUAUAGGAGUAUCCAUGCGGGGUGGAGGACACUCUGGAAUUCCUGUGCGGGCUACGGGAAGACACAGUGAGAGUUUGGCUGGUGCGGACGGACCCCCAGGGUUAAAAGGACUGAUACGAGCUGGACUCCCUUUACCCUGCCAAACUUUCCCAGCAUGCCGCAAUGGAGAGUUAGGUCGCCUUGGCAGGUCGUCCUCCACAUCAGGAGUAAGACAAGUGGGAGGUGACAUUCAAAGGCAAAGCAGCCUGCCAGCCAGAGAAGUACUUAACCAGAUUCACGCGCUCUCGCAGUUUCACUCUCAGGCUCCUUGCAGUCCAUCACUGACCCGGCAGCAGCAGUACCAGCACCAGCAGCAGGUUCACCUCCAGUUCCAGCAGCUGGCUCAGCUCGCCGCUCAGGCCCAGCUACCCAUUAGUGCGGGCACCAGCGGCACCUCCGUGACCCCUGCCCAGCGUGACGGCAAGCUCCUGGAGGUGAUCGAGAGGAAGCGCUGCCUCUGCAAGGAGAUUAAAGCUCAUCGCAGACCAGAUAAGAGCUUAUGUAAGCAGGACAGCAUGCCUAUUUUACCCAGCUGGAGGAGAACACCGGAGCCACGUAAGACUGGAACGCCGCCCUGCCAGAGGCCUCAGGCUGUGGUGUGGGACACAGCCAUCUGACCAAUAGAAAUGGGGGCAGCGAGUAAGAAAAUCAUGGAGCGAACAAAUCUUUUUGUAAAAAUCUUUCUGAAAUAAGAAAAGUGGCCUUUGAACGUAGAGAUUAUAAAAGACACUGGGAAGGAAAACGGAGAUGAAUUGAAAUUGUGUAGUGCAGACGUUUUGCUGAAAAAAUAGCAUGAUUUAGAUUCAGUCUCUUUGUAGAAUCGAGAGAGAAAAGUUUUUCACGGUGUUCACGUGCCAUAAAACUGCAGCAGCUUCAGUACACACGUUCAGAAACACACCAGAGAGACACUUUAGUUUGUACUCUCUCUCUGACCUGCUGCAAAUAUAACCUUUGCUGCUGAGUUUACAACCUUUUUGAAACACCCUGGAAACUUUUGGAGCGCCGUGACGUUUGUACUCUGAUGAACAUGACGGAGGAGAAUAGAUGCGUUCUUUUCUCCUAAGGAAUGAAGAAAUUAUCAAAACUUAAGAUGUGUACAGAAUGAAUGGACUCUAAAAUAUUGAAGUGGGAUUUUCUUCAUAUCAUAAACUGUUUGUGACUUUGUGUUUUUACUGACCAGAUUUACUCAAUUAUGCUGCUGUUUUCUGGGCAUCCACUAGACUGAUGUUUUUUUUACAUUCCAGAUGAGUGACUGUGUGUGUGUGCGCGCGCGUGUGUGUGUUGUCAUGAGGAACUUGUAUAUGUAUCUUUGCGUUAGAGUUGUGUAAAGUCGCAGACCGGAUGAAGUGACGUAAAAGUGAGCAGUCCAAGGGAAAAAAGUGGAUGAACACAAUAUUUACAAAAUAUCAACACUUUUACACAAAGAUCAAAAGUCGUACACAUCUUGUUUAUAUAUUCAAAACCAGUUUCAGUGGAAAAUGAAGGGCUGCUGUAGUUUGUAGAUCAGUAGAUCCAUUUGUCCAAACAUUUGCCCAAUUACUGCCUAUUGAUCGAGUGCCAAUUUAAUGAGUACGAUGACAUGUGAGUCUGGGUAAUAAAAGAAAGUAGUUCAGCAGAAGUUGCACUAUGUGACUUUUGUAGCAAUAUCUGUUAAAACACAAGACUGAUCUCAGUAUUAAUCUCAGUCCAGUAUAAUACUCCAACAAAAUCAUGGUGGAGAUAAAGACAACCAAUAACAUCUAGAUUCUCAUUGCAUUAUUUCAUGG